AUGAAGGAGGCCCGACUGAGAUGGUUCGGUCACGUCUUGCGGCGAGAGGAAGAUUCUGUUGCCAAAACCGCACUGAAGCUCGACGUUUCAGGAGUGAGGCCGCGUGGGAGGCCAAAGAUUCGCUGGUUAGACCGUGUGAAGCUGGAUAUGAUAGAUGCGCGUUUAUGUACGGCUGAUGCAAUGGAUAGAACCAAAUGGAAGACAAGAAGCAGAAAGGUGGACCCUGCAACAACGUGGGACAAGGAAGAAGAAGAAGAAGAAGAAGAAGGAAAGAGUCGAGACACUGGGCGUAGAGAACGUUGGGGUCUGUUCAUUUAG